AUGAAGAUUCUCGCGCUGACUAGCGUGGUCCUUUGGGGCCUCGUCGGUGCGGCGGCGGGUUUACCUCAGCCUGUCAAUGAGGACAGUAGUCCAAAUCUCCCUUCCGAUUCCAACAAGGCCCCAAACAACGCCACUUGUCUGGCUGAUCAUUGCCGCCCUGCUUGGUACACGUGUGAAGGCAGUAACAAGGGUCUCAUGUUCGUCAAGAUUUGCGACCUCGCCGGCACAUGGAAAAUCUCAGCCCAGUGCCCUUGUUGCAGUCUCGGUGGUGAGCUGUACGAACAUCCUAAAGGCCGUGUAGAAGCCUCGCUGGCCUACUGCGGAUGCCCUCACGGAGAUUCCGAGUCCAAGGACAAGCAUUCGGCGGUUGUAACUCCCUCCAGCCCUCGCAAUGGCGAGGUUGUAGAAGUCAUCUCCCGAGGUGGCGAGUCUACAACUAUCCCCGAUUUCCCAAACACACAAGGUUACUUCAAAUGUUGCAGCGACGGACACUGUGUCAUGCAAUGCGUUGGCGAUCCUCCAUUCUGUUCGGUUCUCAAAUAUUGCGGAAAGGACGGCAACAGAUUCGGGAAGCCCGGUUGCUGCUCUGACGGGCAGUGUACAUGUGCGUCCGCUCUUAACGACUCUAACUCCCCUGCCGCCGGUGUCACGCCUCGUGAUACCUCUUCAGCAGCCCUUGACUACAGGAAAUACACACUUCAAGGCUACAAGGUGUGCGGCAAGCAAGGCAACGUUAUCCUGCAAUGCGUCGGCGAUCCUCCGUUUUGCUCUGUCUUCAAGUAUUGCGGAGCGAAAGGUGCUAGGUUCGGCGUACCUGGAUGCUGUGAAUACGCAGAGUGCAUGUGCCUGGGCAUUAAAGUCGACCCUUCCUUCAUCCCUGAUUCUAUUUCUUCACAGGACGAGCAUGCUGGAUCUACUCUCCGCAAACGCGACGACCGUUCUACUAGCAGCGAUAAGUGCUGCUUCUUUGUCUGGGGUGUAUGCUUCAAGAAAUGUGCGAACGACAAGGAAACCUCAUCUACUCCCAACAAGCGCGACCCUGAUUCCACGUCUACGCUCAGAUGUUGCACGCAUUCCGGGCGCACGUGCGUCAGGUGGUGUAGGGCGAAUUCCGAUAAAGAUUCAACUCCUGCCAGUUCCAAGCGAGGCAUCGCAGUACCUGUCGGUCAUGAAUCCAUUUCUUCUAACUCCGAGGACACCUCAUCUUUCCUCGAAGAGCGGGAUGAUAUAUGGCUGUGCUGCAUGGUAGGCCCUGGUGGGUACUGCCAAAAGCUUUGUCAGCGGGGUGAUAUAUGGCUGUGCUGCAUGGUGGGCCCUGGUGGGUACUGCCAAAAGCUUUGUCGUAAACGAGACAUCGAAUCACUUCCCCCCAUCUCUGAGGACAUCUCACCCUCCCUCGACGAGCGGGAUGAUACAUCAGUGUGCUGCAUGGUGGGUCCUGGUGGGUACUGCCAAAAGCUUUGUCGUAAGCGAGACAUUAAAUCACUCCCUUCUAUCGCUGAAGAUAUCUCAUCCUCCCUCGACGAGAGAGAUGACACAUCAGUGUGCUGCAUGGUGGGCCCUGGUGGAUAUUGCCAAAAGCUUUGUCGUAAACGAGACAUUGAAUCACUCCCUUCCAUCGCUGAGGAUAUCCCAUCCUUCCUGGAAGAGCGGGAUGAUACAUCGGUGUGCUGCAUGGUAGGCCCUGGUGGGUACUGCCAAAAGCUUUGUCGUAAACGAGAUAUCGAAUCUCUCCCUUCCAUCUCUGAGGUCAUUUCUCCUCCCCUAGAAGAACGCGACCGUGGCGGAUGGAUAUGCUGCAUGUGGGGCCCGGGUGGGUACUGUCAAAAGCCUUGCAAACGAGACAUUGCAAAUCCAGAGGGUCUUAAGUUGGUCGCUUCUAACCAUAUGGAGAGACUUCACUCCAGAGAUACCGAUAGGCGUACACCUAUAUCCAGUAUCGACGAAUUCCUUACCGCCGCUCGAACGAAAUGUCCACGCCCGAAUUGCAAGGUUGGAGUCAUCAUGUGCUCUUGGGAGAAGACUGAGAUCGUGAAGUGUAUAUGGCCUGGAUGUUGGGAGACACAUGUUACUUGCUACUGCAAUCAGAAUGCUCCUCACGAUCCCUUCUGUGUCACGAAACGAUCGGGUAAACCUGCCCAUGCUGGGACAGGGCCUUCUACUAUCACACAGUCAGAACGCGACCUCGCUGCUCCCCUUGUAGACCCAAUUGAUUUCAGCAGUCCGUGCGAGGGAGGACAUAAAAAUUGCCGUAAUGGCCAGCCAGAGGUGUGUAUUGGCGGCACCUGGCAACCCAAUGGACCUCCGUGCAAAGGUGCACGUUGCUGCCGUAAAGAUGGCGGAUGCGUACCAGGUUGUGACGACACCCCUCAUCUCCCUUCUGAGACUCCUAGACCUUCGAACUGCCCAGAAGGGCAGAGAAUUUGCAAUGGCGCCCAGCCAGAGAUGUGCAUCGCCGGUAACUGGCACCCCUAUGGAGAUCCGUGCAAGCAAGCUCGUUUCUGCUCGGAAGGGAGCUGCAAGCCCGCUACAUGCGGUGACAUGCCUCCUAGUCCCACUCCCACUGCUUCUCCUAAACCUGAGAAAUGUAAGGAAGGAGAGAAGGCUUGUGGUGACGCCCAGCCACAGAUCUGUAUCGGCAGUACCUGGCAGCCUUGGGGGGCUCCAUGCAAACAAGCUCGUUGCUGUUCAGCUGGAAUUUGCGGUAAUUCCUGUGGCGAUAUGUCUCCCGAACCUGCAAUCAGCCUCACGGGCACAACCGAGUCUCGGCAAUCGCCAUAUUCCGAGUGCACACCAGUCACCUACAAUUGUACUAUCACUGACAAGGGGGCCGUUAUUUUGUUCUGCAACUCCCAGGGCCGAUGGUACGAAAUGAAGGUCUGUGGCGCUCACUGUUGCAAGAUCGACGCUAGAAAAUCCGGUCCCAAUGGAAUUGGUUACUGUGACGAGUCGUGCCGGAACCCCUCGAAUGCCACAAUCGAGACUCGACAAUUGUCACCUCCGAUCAAGUAUGAGGAAUCAAACUGCACACGAGGGACAAAAGUCUGUAAAGACGCGCAACCAAUGAUUUGCAGAAAUGGUUUCUGGCUUCCUAACGGGCCUCCGUUCCCCCCGUUCGCAACCUUGAGUCCGGGCCAUGCAGCCCUGGUGAACAACGCUGUGCAAAGAACAACUGGGCUGUUCUCGCUUGCACCGAUGAAGGAACAUGGACGAUAUCUCGACCCUGUGGUUUCAAUUGCUGCAAGUCUGAGCAACCUGGAUCAGCACAAUCACAGCGUUCCAAGUUGUACUCCGGGAAACUACAACUGCGAUACCACUUCGACUUCUAUCCUCGUCUGCAAUGCCGCAGGCCAAUGGAAGCUUUCCCAUCAUUGCGGCCCAGACCCGUGCUGUUUCCGCGGACCGGUCCCUGGAACUGCGUUCUGCGAGUGUUCAUUCUCGAAAUAUCAAUCUACUUUAGAAGUCGGCUCUGACCUCAAGCUUACUGCUAACGAUGAGUCCCGCGGCUGUGUAGCCGGGGCCUAUUAUUGCAGAUUCACCGACGAUACUCUUCAUGCCGUCAUUGUAGUGAUUGCGGAGAGCUCCCGGAUCAUUGUUGCAAGCAGGGACCUAUUCCUGGAACGGCUUAUUACUCGUGGCGGUUCCGGCCUUGCUGUUCAUUCUGACGCUGGUGGAGACGGUGAUCAAGCAGCCCUGGAAUGUAACAAUCUAGAAGGCUCUGCUUGCGGAUCUCCGCAAACUUGUCCCCCAGGGGAGGUUAUUUGCGCAGCCCACAAGCAAGUUCAUGACGGAUCCGCACUCAUUAUUCGAGACGACACCUCUGCGGCUGAUCUUGCUGCCCACUGUCAGCCCGGAACCUUUGCCUGUGUUAUCUUCGAAAAGCCACCAGAAGCUUACAUCUGGCUCUGUGAUUCCAACCGUAGGUGGGUGCAAGCUGCGGAAUGCGGGCCACGAUACAAGGACGGACGACCUUGCUGCCAUAAUGGUGACACUAUUGGAACUGCGCGCUGCACCUGCAACAACCAAGCUUAUGGCUACCCUUCUCUGGACCACCCAAAUAUCCGUUCAAUCAACUUUGGAUGCACGGCGGGAACUACAAGGUGCAGCGGAGCUACAAUCCGAGCAUGUGGCUCUGACGGCCUGUGGUACAAAGUUGGAGACUGCAAAUAUCCCGGACGCCGCCCAGACCCGAAUAGCUCGCCUACUCUCCAUCCAUCGACUUUCCUCACUCUUACGACCCCAGAGCCGCAUCGUGAGGGGUCUUAUACGCCACUGAUUGUGCUGUGAGAUGUCUACUCAAUUGAGGUUGAGAUUUCAAGGGCGUGGCGGGGACGAUCUAAUGGCUGCUUCACUGUCUUCCCUUAAUUCCAUCCUUUUCCAUUCUCCUUCACCUUUUUGGCCUAAUUUCAACGGCGGCUUAUAUGUUCGGUGAUGGAUGAACAAAAUUUCUCCCCUCUCUUCCCCUCUCUUCCCCCCUCCUGAGUGUAUGUACAGUAACA